CCCAGGUUUGAUCUAAUGUCUAGUUAGACUCUAUAGAUUACAUGGCAUCUGGUACUGUGAGGUCUUCCGGACGGACAAGGGAAGCGUGUUUCAGAGAAGCGGGGCGUUUCGCUGCGAAGUCUUCUUCGAACACACAUAACCGAGAAUCAACUUGGAUGCACUGAUUGACAAAAAUAAUCCUUUCACGGUUUGUACCUGCUUAAGUUCCUUUUCAAAUGAAAAAAUCCUUUGUUUAACGCUUCCACCGUUACAUUCAGGAGCAUCCCGUCACAUUCGCUGCUCUUGCCCGUUCACAUAGAUACAACUCAAAUCGAAUAAACAGACAUAUCAAAGUACCUACGAUACUGAAUAUGACUCCAGCCAAGUGAUACAGACAACCAAGUCAACUGGAGACCCUACUCUACAAAGGCGGACAAGAAGACCUCCGAAUGUCUUCAAAUUCUCCGACGGUUGCUCUUCUGUGCCAUACGCAGACAAAGCAGUACGUACAAUUCCCUACCUGUAUUCCCCUUUGCCUGGAAGCUGUAGUCACUAAUAAAGUUGCUUUAGGCUAAGCGUAGAACCCGUGAAGGAGUAAGGGAUACGAGAGUAACCAAAAUCUAUGUUGCUUGUGGCAUAUCCGAACUUGAUUUAUGCCAGCUCUCAGCAAACGCCCCGCCUGCUAUUGUUGAGCUUGUGCUAAAGGGAAAGAAACCGUUUUCACGAAAACGGUUCCCGCACGCUGUACACAUCAUUUUUCCGAAUAUUACCCUUUCUCCACCUCUCUCCACCACAUUAGAGAGACGUAACACACCGCCUGCCCGUGGGGGUUCUUUACCCGGAAGACAGACACCACGUAUUUCCAUUGAACGGCAUCUCUUGCAGCGAAAGCGAACUCUUUUCCAAGUUCUUUUGUUUUCUCACAAUGAAAGAAAGCGCGAGUAAAACACAGAGGAGCAACAACGGAUGGCAUCGGAGCUUUUGAGUGUUCUCAAGACUCGACUCGCGCUGUCACUUGGGGCCAUGGCGAUUCCGUGCCGGCGCGGAAAAGAGAGACCAGCGAGCAAGUCUCGAUUUGAGGUGUUUGGGGAGCCGCUCUUUACUGUGCUUUCUCCGUUGAGACAUACCACCUCAGUUUUUUGCAUUUUCCGCUCUUUUUUCCCUCCCGUUUUAGCGGAAUCGAUUUGCGACGUGCCACGUGCUCGUCAGAAAGCCAGCAUGCAGGACGACCCGGAAACGGCGGCUAUCCAGCCGUUUCUGUGCACAUUUAGAUGCUGAUUUUGGUAGGGUUCGGACGUCGAGAGCCGAGCAUAUUCCAUAACGCUGCACUUCAGUUCAGAGAAAUCACUUCCCUUUCGCUUUUAUGCCCCUUUUGGUGGCGAACUUUCCCUUCCCCGUCACCCGGUUCUGCGGCGGAGCACCGUCACGGUGUUUCUCCAGAGAGCCGGCAGGAAGAAAUCGUUUUCGCGCGUUCCACUGGUGAUGCACAGAAGCUGACGACUUUUGUAUAGUUGAGUCGCCGAGUGUAUGCACAGCCUGCAGGUGCAAGAACAGUCUCAUUUCCCUCGAAACUGUAACAUCGCUUCUCUUGAAAUACGUCGAUACGAACCCAGUUCCAGUGAUGCCGGGCGUUCAGGCGCGACAGUCGAGUCAGUUUUCCCUCCGAGAGUAACGGGGCUUGUAACUCGUAGGCGUCUGCCGGUUUUCCGUAGGUUUUUCCGAACAACCUGAAAGCGCUUACUGCUGAGUCUGCACUACGGGUUCGACUCCUCUAGUCUAGAUCUCGAAGGUCUACGUUUACCGGAUCGAGCUCUAUUGUGCAGUGCGGGCAAGCAAGAAAACUUCUCGAUGUCUUGCACCCCGACCGAAACACUUCUUGGUUUCCGUUUGUCUCCUUUUCUCCCUUUGUUUUUCUGGUCCCCAUUUAUCUCUGAAAGUCGUGGAGAUCGGCCACGCGGCGUGUUCAGCUUUAGUGGCAAGGCUCACGAACAGUCAACUUCCGGGAGUCUUCUUUUCGCGUUUUGAAUCCAGAAUGCUAGGAAGAAUCUAUUUGUUUGUGUCGACUCGGUAGAAGAGACUCUUUUUUUCAGCCUCUUCAAACGACCAUUUCCCUCCCCUUGUCUAUCCAGGAAUGGGAAGCCCCUGCACUUUUUCGGUGGAGCUUCUGAAUUCCUUCCUCUUUCUGAAGGCUCGAGUGACUUCCCUUCAACCUUUGUCACUUCGUGUCAAGGAGCUCUUCCACCCAAACCUUGGGCGAUGACUCGAGUGCGGACCUCACGCUGCUGUCUCGGAGAAGGCAGCGCCGUGCUCAUUUUGCGAGUGGACCUGUUCACUGUCGAAGAUCUGAACGUUGUCCUCUGAGGCCCCUUACGUCUUUGUGCGCCUUUCAAUUGUAUAAAUUCGCCUCAACUUCAACGGCCAUGGCCUCUGCAGAGAGCCUGCUUCCUGAGGAGGAUGGUUCCCGAGAAAGAGAUAUGUUGCCGCCUUCAGGUGUAACAGUGGAAAUGGGGUUUCUUUCUUCGCAACAGUCCGGUCGCCAGCGAGAUGAAGUCCACCCCCCCACUUCGCCAGAUGCAGGACUCAACCAUGUCGCGAUUUCCCCUACAACAAAUACCGAGCGAGCAGGACGUCCGUCAGCGGACUUGUCUCCUCACUUCCUUUCCUCCAGCUCUCGUCUGCGCUCCUCUACAGGAUCUGCGUCGCAAAGCCCACCGCCACCGUCAGGCGCGUCUGCAAUCUCGCAACCCACGUCAGUCUCUCUUCAUGGGAUGCUCUCAAGAGGGUUGAGAGGACAAGCAGGACAACGAGAGCAAGGAGAACAACGAGAACAAGGAGAACGAGGGGGAACGUGGAUCCCUUUGUCGCCUUUAGAUCAGGAAGCGAUGAACGCAACUAUGGGCGGCAUUUCCAAGUUUUCAGGACUGAGGAGUUUGCUCAUUUUGGUGUUUGGUCUCCUCCCCCUGCUGCUGGAGAUUCAGCUCCUUCUCCCCAGUCUGACUGGACACCUGGACACCGUCACUUGGGUGUACGUACAGCAGCUUUUGAACGCGGAGGAACUGACGUCAAGCAUCAUCUUCCCUCUCUCGACGGCGCAAGUUUCUUUCGCUGCAGAGCAGGCGAGGCGGCGAGCGCAGAGGUCGAGAAGAGAGGCGCCGGUGGCCGGGGGUGAAGAGGAGAUAGCAGAUGCCGUCGGAGGAACGAGGAUGAAACGUCCAGACCUUCCGAAAGGCGAAGAAGCUGGCGAGCUUGUGCCAUUUCCUGUCCUUCUUGUGCCCCAGUACGACAACCACGACAGCGAAGGGUCUCUUUUCCAGCAGUUGCGGACGUGGCAUUUGAGUCGGAGGAAAGGCGCAGAAGAGAAAGGACAAGACGAGAGAGACGAUGACGAGCAGAAGCCGAGAAAACGCACGUCCCUCUCUGCACUGACUCCGCCUGCGCCGUCGCCUUCGUCGAAAGACAAAGAGGCCCUCAGCAGCUUCCCUCCCUCUUCGGCGAAGAGCCCCGAUGCCCACGUCUCUGCGAUCUUCCCCCUUGCAAUUGGAGCCUCAAAGUGUGCUGCGUGCAACGAAUACUUCCAGCCGGGUGUUCUCCCCGGAUCUGUCAGAGCCUCGAGCGUCUCCUAUUCUUCGAUUACUGCAAAGGUGUCUCCUGGCUCUCCGAUGUCAGAAGACGCGGGCGGAGGCGCUGCGGAGGGAGCCGAGGAAGCAGCGGGUCAGGUCGAACCGCAGCCGCGAGGUUCUGCUCCUCCGUCGCCCACAUCGAUUGAGCCUGUUUCAGCAGCCGGAGAGGUCGCGCUGAAGGAGGGGGCGGCUUCGUACGAGACCGAGGGAAGUCGAGGCGACGGAGGAAGCGAGGACAAACCACGUUUGCGACUGAGUGUCGUGACACGGCAGCACUCGUUUUCGCCUCCAGCUUCAUCUCCAUCACCUUCCUCAGAGCUCCCACAGGGGAACUCGCAGCACUCUUCUGAUUUUUCGACCCCCCUUUCGAACCCUGUCGCGACUUCCUUUUCUAACUCUUCAAACUUCUUUUCUGCGUCUUCUUCUGCUUCUUCUCUUUCGUCUCCGCGGGACCAUGGUCCAACUCUGUUCUUUUGGGUCGAUUCAGAGAACUACGACGUGACGCCACCUAUCUUGCUCGUGUACGCGUCCUUCGUGGUCAUGAUGAUUCGGUGGUUCGUUUUAGCAGUGCGCGCUCUUGGAGAGGCGCUCCUUCUUCAAGACGACCUCGACCCCGCAGGUGCUGUUUUGUCUCCCGCGGCUGUCUCCAAGCCCCUGCGUGUCGUCGCUGCCUUCUCCAUUUGGUCGCUGGGUUUUUGCAUCUUCCCUUACAGUCUCUCGGCGACGCAAGGGUGUAUGGCAGGCGACAUGGACGGAACCAACAUCCCCGUCUCUGUCUUUUACACCUACUUCCAGUACUCGAUAUGGACCGCGUUGAUUCUGGCUCUUGUUGCUCGUCGUCUCUCAAAGUUUUUCAAGCGAAGAGCGGUCGCCGUCGAAGCGGAAGCCAGACGGGGACGGGAGGCAUCUCGCAUGCAGGCUCCGGAGACACCUUCUGUUUCGAUGCCUCCUGUCGAGGUUUCUCCAGGUGGCCUGUCUAGAACUUCUCUGUCGUCGUCUUUGUUUCUGGACCCUUCCCAUUCUCCUGUCUCCCCUCCCGCCGUCGGUGAGGGAACCACAACCCCGAACAACGUUCACGCUGGCUCUUUUUCGCCUGCUUCGGUCUUUGUGGCUCCUCCUGAAGUUGACAACUCUGAGGGAACAGAAGACGAAUUGCAGGGCUUCGAUGACGAUGGGUCGUCUUCCGCGUCCUCUUCGCUCCCGUCGUCUGCUGAGCAGAGCUUCAUUCAGGGAAGCGACGCGCGUCGGGCAUCAUUUGACAGUUUUUCGACGAGACACGGAGAGGAAAGGCGAAGCGAACGCAGAAGAACGAGAGCCUUCACCAACGCAACGCUGCUUCUCAUGGGAUACAGAAUGCUGAUUCAACGGCUCUGUCGGAGACCCCACACCAUGUGGAGUCUUCUCAUGUGGCGCAGAGACACUCUGGUUGCCUCCCGAUACCAUGCCUAUCAAGAAAUGUGCUCCAUUGCAGCAUUCCUGCUUUCUGCGCAUACAGUCUCGGGCGCGCUCGUUGUUCUUCUUGGUCCCAUCCAGCCGUGGAUGAAAGCCGUGUGGCUUCACAUUGCAUGCAUGUUCAUCGAAGCAGUUGCGCGUAUUCAGAUUGCGAAAGGGGAAGAGAGAGUACAGAACGCGCGCCAGGUGGCAAUCAACCCUGAUUUCUUUGCAGCAGGCACUCGCCGUCCGAUUUCCAAUGUCGGGGUGGGGGCACGAGUAAGUGCUGCGGCUGGGGGAACUCCGUGGGGGUACGCCUUCGUUGAAGAACCCCGCGAUCGUCUUCUUCUCAAGCAGCUGAGCUCGACGUACUUCAGCAUCACCGAGCGCAUAGUCGACCAAGUGACGGCUUCUGUGGCCGUCGCAUCGUCGAGCUGUUGUUGUUUUCCUUCUUCCGUCUCGUCGCCAGUCCCUUCUUCUGUCGAGAGCGGCAGCAGGCACGAACUCACGAUUCCUCUCCGUUCCCAACAUGAAGAGAAUUCUCCAGCCUUUGUUCCGGCGUCGACCUCUUCUUCGCCUUCUGAGCCUUCUCCGUCGUUCGGGGACCGUCCAUCUUCGUCUGCUUCUGCGUUGCCAGCUGCGUCUGAGGAAGAACGGGGCCUGCUCUCCUCUUCCUGUUCUCCUUCUUAUCGUGACUCUUCUCACCGAGAGGCGCCUUCUGCGUCGUUUGUGAAGGCGAGUGAAGAAGACGUACGUCUUGUGUGUGCAAAUGAAGGGGAUCUUGAAGCCUUGGGACCCACCGAGGAAAGCAGUUCUGCUUUCGCAGAAGCCGCGCACCACAGCCAAAGUUGGAGGCAGACACGCGAUGAAGCACACCAAUGUUCACAUCGAGGACAGGAAAGGGAAAGGAGAAGACGGAGAGAAAUGUGCGUUAGAGAAGCGGAGAGAGAGAAAGGAUCGAAUCCGGAGACAACAGACACGCUCGAGGGGAAGGCGGAUGGGAGGAGCACUCCCUCUGUGGGCAGGCGAAGAAAGUGGGGAGCAGAAAAGGUAGAGACAGAGGACGAAGUAACAGGAAAAGGAAGGGACUGCAAAAGGAGAAGUCGAAGGAACCUCAAGAGGGAAAGAAAAUGCAUCAGCACCGCCCACAACGAGACUCAUACGGGGAGCGAGAAAGAGACGAGCAGUCAGCUGGAGAAAGGAGGAAGGAUAGGGGAGGGCAAUCAAGGGCGUAACACAGAGGACGACGAAGAAGGAAGUGUUUUGGGGGUCCCGCUCGAUGAAACAGGAGAUGAUUCAUCCAACGAGAAACGAAGACGCCGUGCAAACGCGUUGUUUCUGGAUUCGGUCCCCGCAUUCUCAUGUUCUGAGAAUGGAGACAGGAUGCCCUCUCCGCUUCCAGGAUCUUGCGGAGAAUCAGCCUCUUCCUGUGGCUCUGGAGACACAGGGUUGCCGUCGACCUCUCCGUCCAGGUGCGAUCCCUCAUCAGCUCGCAUUGCAUUUGAAUUUUCUUCUCCCCGUGUGCUUCCGUCGUCUUCUUCUUCGCCUUCUCCCGCGGCUUUUCUCGUUCCUUCGAGCUCUAUGGAUGAUCCGGCUGUCGCCCGUUCUCUUUCUGCCACUUCAGCAGCUGUAUGUGACCCUUCGUCGACCUCUUCGUCGGGGCCGGCGUCUGCCCUGUCAUUUUCAGCUUGCGAAAUCUGUGCAGAGGCUGCGGCGAACGCGAUUCUGUUGCCCUGCGGUCACGGGGGGUGUUGCGAAGCGUGUGCGCGUUUAGUUGUUGAGAAAGAACACCAGCGGGCGAGGUCUCAGAGCGUCACGUGGCUGCGGGAGUGGCUGGGGCACCCUUCGGCCUCUUUUCUUCUGCCCUUGUCUUCCCGACAGCCAGGCGUUUCCUCCGCCUCUGCAGGUCAAGAGGCGCGAGGCGGAGACAGGCGAAGCGAAGAACAAGCGAGAGACGCCGCGAUGAUGCAGCUUCCCAGGUGUCCGUUCUGCAGGCAAGCUGUGGAGCGAAUCGUGAAAAUCGAUGGCGCCUGUGGAGACGACCGAGGUUACAUUGCAGCUCACACAGUCGCCGUCGUCACGGUGGGGACUCAGGCAGAGAGAAGUCGACGGGCGACCGCGAGACUCCUCCGGUGACUCUCGAAAAAAGACCAGGGGCAAUGGGGGGAAUCAAAAGAGACAGAGAAAAGGAAGAACAGAGAAACGGAAGAACCAGUCAUUUGAAAAGACACACGAAUUCGUGACGGGUGUAGUGCCUCUGGAGUUGUUGUGGCGGUGUGUCUUGUCUAAAAUUGCAGAGUCUUUUUUCGUCGGCGUAUGCUCCUCUGGCUCUGUGUGCCUAGAGGUGUCAAACAUGCGAAGAACACUACCAUGAAGAAAACCAGGAACUAGACAUCUCAGGAAGCUGAACGCAUAUGCCUUUGGAGUUCUUCGUCCGGAGGGGACUUUGUAUUCCAGUAUCGACUUCGUCCAGGAGACGAAUCUGGCUGUAACUCCUUGCGCCUGUGUGUGCAUGUACUAUAUAACAGUGCAUAUGUGUAGAACAUUUGUGUCGAGCACAAAGUACUUCUGAGUUUGAUAUUAGACAGUGGUCGUUCCUUUCAGGAGUCCCGCAGAAACUCGUCUUUUCAAUUUCGUCGGGAAAGUCUAAGGGGAUUGUCGUGAACAGACCCCUUUAAUUGAUGAAGCUGGCUGUAGUCACAAUCAGCUACACUUCCAGUUAGCUGCGUCCCCACGUGUGCUGAUAAACAUCAAUCACGUGUCUGCGGUACAAGUGACGUUUCCACAUUUAUCGUGGCUGUCCCUAUGAUUCCAUUGGGAUGCUUUUUUCGUAGGAGGAAACUCUUCCUUUCUUUGUUAAUUUUUUUUGCGGUAACGCGUCCGUUGUUUUUCGUUUUGAAAGUGAAUGCAAGAAGGAAGAGAAACUCCAUGUAGAGCGUCUCCCAAGUGACCUUCCUUGUUGAAUCCGUUGGAGGAG